AUGGCGCCUACCGGGCGGCCCAGGGGCCGGGGCAGGGGUAGGGGCCGGGCUGCUCGAGCCGGGGCCGCUGUUGGAAGAGGGGGGUCCGCCGCCGCCUCAGUAGGAAACGAAGACCAGGCUGGCGACGCUGCGGUUGAGAGCACAGAGACAGCGGUACCAGCACCGGCACCAACACCGGCAGCGCCGCCAACAUCCGCACCAGAUGCCGGCGGUGGCAGCAGCAGCAGCGCGGUGGAGGAAGCGCCAGCGGCACCUGCAUCGGUGCCGGUACCUAGAACCCGCGGCGUGGCAUCAACGCGGGCCAGGGGAGCGUCCGUAGCGGCCAGCAGCAGCGCCGCGUCCAGCGGAUCCAAGUUCAAGCCACGGGCUGUUCGGCGUGGAGAUGCGGAGAGGGAGCGCCUUGCGCAGGAGGAACUGCGGAAGCAAAACAUCAAGCUCGCGGAAGACCAGCGCUUACAGCGGGCCCGGGGUCGAGGGCGUCGGGCUCGAGGAAGAGGUGACGCCAUGGGCCGCGGCGGGUUCGAUCGCAGGUAUACUGCUGGCAACUCCAUCUUUGGAAACCCUGGAGCAUCUUCAUCUGGCUUCAAGACCGACUCGGGAUUCAAGUCCAGUGGCUACCGCGACCAGUCCAACCGGCUCAACGCCGACAUGUUCAGCGGGCCUAUGAUGGACGACUACGACGAGGAGGAGACCAAGGAGGGCACAUCAUCAUCCAGACAGCCAUCACGGAAACGUGAGGUAAUGCCCAUGGGUAUCACCCGACGCGAGCCGCAAAAGAAGGAGCUCGUCGUCGCAACCACAGCAGACAUGGUGGCCAAGGAGAAGGCAGCCGCGGGCAUCGUCGAGGAGGUGGAUGAAAGUCCCGUCAAGACCCCUGACGAAGACAUUGAGAUGAAGGACGAUGGCAAGGUUUGGCCGGGAGCAUCUGACAACCGCAAGGUCAAGGUCAAGGACGAGCAUGGCAAGUUUGUCGAGGUCACUGAGAUUGACGACAAGCGCCUGCAGCGUGCGGCCGAGGCUGAGAAGAGGAUUAAGGAGGAGGAAGAAGAGAAGAAGAAACCAAAGGUCAAGAUCUACCAAAGUAGGGAGGAGGAGACAAGGGCGAGGCAAUACUCUAUGCUGCUCAAGGAGUUUGGCCCUCGACCGGAAGCCGACUCCAAGGACGGUCGGCUUUACCUCUUCCAAUUCCCUCCUACGCUACCUCCACUUCGCGUCGUGCACAGACCAAAGCCCAAGAGCAUCGUUAAGGACGAACCGGUCGAUGAUGACGUUGUGACUAUGGAUGUCGGCGAGACGGUUGAUCUGACCGAUGGAGAGAAGAAGGCAGACGUCAUGGACGGAGAGGGUGAGGACGAGAACGAGGAUGAUCCCUUGAACCCAUACCCGGACACAGUGGGUUACGUGGGUAAGAUGAUCGUCCGUAAAUCCGGACGUGUUGAGAUGGACUGGGGUGGCUUCCCAUUCCAGGUGAUGCCGGGUAUUACCACCAACUUCAUCACGAAUGCGGUACUGCUGGAGGAUGACGACAAGAAAAUCAAGGCAGGCGAGGUUACAGGCAAGGCAUACGGAAUGGGACAGAUCAUGGGCCGUUUCACCGUCAGGCCUGUGUACACCAAGCCGGAACCUGGGGUGAUCGAUCCGGAGCACCUGGAGCAGCUGAGGCAGAAGGCGAGGGAUGCCGAGGUGGCAAAGGCUCAGGUGCUGGCCGAGAAGCGACGGGUGCUUGAACCCUUGCUGCAGAGCUUACAACAAAAACACUAGAUGAUGGUUGUUGGCCGCAUUUGAAGGCCGAGAAAUAUGUGCCAUCUAGAACCAAGCAAAGAUUCUAUGAAUGAAAUCACGGUG